AUGAUACCAUCAAUAUCAGAAUGGAUCUAUGAGCAAAAACAAUCUACUACUUGUUGGCCAUUUCAUCAGCAAGGUUUUCAUUUACCAUUUGUUUUACCAUAUACUUCACAAACAACAUCAUCAUUAAAAACUAUUGAAGAACAAAUCUAUCCAAUAUCAAAUUCAAUAAUUACUUCAAGAAAACCUUUUCAAUUAAUCUCUCAGAAACAACCUAUUACUACAAAUACAAAUAAAUCUUCUUCAUUGAGUUUUUCUAUUGAAAGAAUUUUGGGUGAUAAUACUUUGACUAGAAAAACAUCAGUAUCAUCUUUAUCGUCAACCACAACAACAACAACAACAACUCUUGUUCAUAGUCGUGGUCAUAAAUCUUUACCAUAUCCAUUACGUAAAGAAAAUGGAAAAAUCAUUUAUGAAUGUGUACAAUGUUAUAAAACAUUUAGUCAAUUAUCAAAUCUUAAAGUACAUUUAAGAACUCAUACAAAUGAAAGACCAUUUGCAUGUACACAAUGUACAAAAUCAUUUACACAAUUUGCUCAUCUUCAAAAACAUACACUUGUUCAUUCAGGUGAACGACCAUAUUCAUGUCCAUAUUGUCCAAAAAGAUUUUCAUCAACAUCAAAUUUAAAAACACACCUUCGUUUACAUACAGGUGAUAAACCGUAUC